AUGCGCGCCCGUCUGGGUAGUGCGCGCGAUGCUCACACAACUGCAGCCGGGCCUCGCGUGCAGGUUCUGCCUUGCCUGUCGCAGAUGCCGUCAACAAUAACAACAGGCGCCUACGCAGUCGUGCCCGGCUGGAGCGCACACUGCCAGCUCACGCGCAGCAGUGUUUCAGGCGGGGCGAGUCUUCAGCUCAGCAGAGCCUCACUGUUGCAGCUACGCAGCCGCCGCCGGGAUAGCCCACCAGUCACCGUCGGUGGCGAGUGA